CGAUGGAACCCUAGGCCGCCUGGGUUCCACCGAACCCAGCACGCCUAGGUUCCAUCGAACCCAGGCAUGCUGGGUUCGUUGUUGGGUUCGGUGGAACCCAAGCAUGCUGGGUUCGCUGAAACCCAGGCGCUGGAUGAAAAAGGCAAGGCAGUCGUUGGGUUUUUGCAAGUGGAUGAAGAUGAAGAAGGCAUAGCUGUUGGGUUCGAAAUCGAACCCAGCAAGCAAUCAAACCUAGCAUCAAACCCAGUAGCCGCUGGGUUCCUGCAGUGCUGGGUUCAAUUUCGAACCCAGCAGGCACUGUGUUCAAGCUGGGUUCCUGCAGGUGCUGGGUUUGAAGGUGCUGGGUUUGAUUUUGAACCCAGCAGGCACUGGGUUUGAUUUUGAACCCAGCAGGCACUGGGUUCCGUUUCUAACCCAUGGAUCUGUUGAGUUCCAUUUGUUUCAAACUCAGCAGUUUAAAGUAAUUUUUUAAAGUAAAAAAGAAAAACAAAGAAAAAAAAAAAAAAGAAAUUUUUUAAAGUAAU